UAAAUAAAUUGAAAGAAUUCGAAAACAUUCCAAUUUUGAGCACACAAAAAGCCCAUAAAAUGAAUCCGGAAAUGAGUAGUUCAGUGCAGUCACGCAAAACAGGGCCCCAUGGAACUCCCGAAAGUGAAUUUAGUAUAGAAUGCUUCCAGAAUUACCUGGCACCAGAAGUUUUUAUCCAAGGACUAGCUGGAAUUGUUAAUCAGGGUGAAGUGGAGAGGAUUAUCUACAAUCAAAAGCAGAUGCUGCAGCGUUUUGAGAAGACAAAUGAGAUGACCCUGAAUUGCAACAUUCUCAGUGCAAGUCGCCUCAAAAAAGCCACAGAGGACCUCAAGGAGCACACAAAACUCCUGCAUGACAUGAAGAAGGACCUGGACUAUAUCUUCAAGAAGAUCAGAACCAUCAAGGGGAAGCUCAAUGCCCAAUAUCCGCAGGCUUUUGCCGAACUUGAGCCACAGCGGAGUAGUUUUGCCGAAGAGGCGGAAGAUGAGACUGAAGGAGCUGCUGCAGCUGUUCCCAAGGCCCAGGAGGCGCCGCCAUCCCAGCAGGAGAAGAAAAUCAUGACAAAGAAGAGUCAGGAAGUGGAGUAUGUUCCCAUGGAGGGAUCUGAUAAUAAUGCCAGUGGGAGUAAUCUCUCCAAUCGUACGAGUUCCACGGAUAAUUCCAAUGAUUCCCUCUCAGACACUGGCUGAAGGAUGCCCCUAGUCUAGGAGGUGCUAUAGUUCAUGCAAUCCCACAUUUUGUUAAUUAAUUAAAUUAUCUUUCUCAUCUUUCUUUGACUUCUCUAAUAAAGAAUUUCGCUCAAAA